AUGCCACUCACAAUCAUUUCCCAAACCCAACUCCGGCAGCUACUGCUUUCCCUCAACCGUGACGAGGUGGUCGAGCUGCAACAGAACCUUUCGGAAGCCCUCCGGGAAUAUUCCACGGGCUCCCAAGAGCAGGGUUGCUCAGCCACAUACCAGCCGCGACGAACGGCCAUCACUCGCUCGAAUGGAUGCACGACUAUCUUCAUGCCGGCGACGACUGGCACCACGCUUGGCAUCAAGAUGAUCUCUUUGCAGGAUGGUGCGGGGCCGGGAUGUGUCAUUGAACGAGAAGGGCUCGAUCAAGCGAAAAGCGGCUCGGUCUCGUCUCGCUCCCACCGUGGCUCGGUCCGGGAUUCGGUGGCCUCGCUAUCGUCCGACACGAGUGAGCUAUCGCUCGGCUCGUCCGUGGAUGACGAUGGCUCUAUCGACACCUCGGCUACCACGACCACGACCACGACCACGACGAGCAGCACAAAGGAGGAUAGUAUCGCAGAUGUCGUCCUCCCCAGUGGGUGCGUGAAUCAAAAACGAGUGGUGGACUCCCCCUCCGCGACUCUCGGGGCCUGGCCGGGUGCUGGAGCACGCGACACCACUCCGCGAGGCAGUAUCACCCUGCUGGACGCAGAGUCCCUGCCGUUCGGACUGAUCAAUGCAUAUGAGCUGACAGCCUUUCGGACCGCAUUGGCCUCGCUCAUGCUGUUCAACAAGCGCAAGAAGGUCAAGACGCUGUUGGUGUUCGGGGCGGGCACUCAAGCGUACUGGCACAUUCGUCUGGCGUUGAUCUUGCGUGGGGACGAGAUCCGUCGGGUGUAUAUCGUCAACCGGUCCUUUGAACGAGCGGCGGAAUUGCUUCGCGAUAUCUACCUGCCCGAGAAUACGGCAUGGCGCCGGGAUGUGAAAUUCUCCGCCGUCAGUACCGACUUUGGCGAGUAUUCCCGGAUUCUCAAAGCCCAAGUCCGCAAGGCCGAUGCUAUCUUUUGCUGUACGCCUUCCACGAACCCUCUCUUCCCCGCGGAUCACCUGACUUCUCGCGAGGGACGUCAAAAGGGUCGCUAUAUCUGCGCCGUGGGGUCCUACAAGAGCACGAUGGCCGAGAUUCACCCCGACAUCCUCCGCGACGAAGUGACCGUGACUCCACCCCACCGUCACUUCCACAAACACACCAAACGCAGCGGUGUGGUGGUCGUCGAUAGUCUGGACGCUUCUCUCCGCGAGGCGGGUGAAAUCACCCAGGCGGAGAUCAAGCCACACCAGGUGGUGGAACUGGGUGAGCUGAUGAUGGUCCGCCACGCCACCCAAAAUGCAGGCGAGGGGGCCCAUCUUGACGAUACCAAGAGUCUGCGUGAAUGGAUCGAGCGUGGCAAUCUCAUCUACAAGAGCGUCGGGCUCGGCUUGAUGGAUUUGGUGACUGGGGGCGACCUUGUCCGUCUGGCGCGUGCACGAGGAGUCGGCACCACCGUGGAGGACUUUUGA